AUGCAGACUGAACCUCCCAUGAACGCUCCCGAAAAUCGUGAAAUGACAGCAGAAAUUAUGUUUGAAUCCUUCAACGUGCAAGGUCUUUACAUUGCUGUUCAGGCUGUGUUGGCUUUGGCUGCAUCUUGGACCUCUAGCAAAGUGAGCGAGCAAACACUUACUGGUACAGUGGUUGAUUCUGGUGAUGGCGUCACUCAUGUUAUUCCUGUUGCUGAAGGUUAUGUCAUUGCCAGUUCAAUCAAGAGUGUACCCAUUGCAGGUAGCGAUAUCACCUCUUUUGUCCAAAAUCUACUUCGCGAGCGUGGCGAAACCAACAUCCCACCUGAGGACUCGUUCCGCAUUGCUCAAGCUAUCAAGGAAGAUUACAGUUACGUUUGUCCUGAUAUUGUCAAAGAGUUCAAGAAAUACGAACAAGAACCCUCUAAAUACUUCAAGCAAUAUGAUGGCAUCCACUCUUUGACCGGCAAGAGCUACUCUGUCGAUAUCGGUUUCGAACGUUUCCUUGCACCAGAAAUCUUCUUCAAUCCAGAAAUCGCCAGCUCAGACUUUUUGACACCUUUACCAGAGAUUGUCGACACUGUUAUUCAAACCAGUCCUAUCGAUGUUCGUAGAGGUUUAUAUAAAAACAUUGUAUUAUCUGGAGGUUCCACCAUGUUCAAGGGAUUCGAUAAGAGGCUUCAACGUGAUAUUAAGCGUACUGUCGAUAAGCGUAUUCAAGCAAGUGAGGUGACCAGUGGUUCGGAUAUGAAGGCCAAGCCUAUGGAGGUCAAUGUCAUCUCUCACAAGAAGCAGCGCCAUGCUGUUUGGUUUGGUGGUAGUUUGCUGGCCUCUACUGGCGAGUUUUAUAACUCUUGUCAUACAAAGGCAGAAUACGACGAAUACGGACCUAGCAUAUGUCGUCAUAACAGAGUAUUUAGCUCUCUUUUGUAA